CCCUUUAAACGCGUCACUCGCCAGGCUGGCUGGCUGGCUGGCUAGUGUUUGGCGGUGUGUGUGCGGUCGGACUGUGGUUGUGUUUCAGGUCUGGUCGUGUUGAUAACGACACUCUUCGGACUCAUUUCAUCGUGGAGAGAUGGGAAUUUUGAAGAAAUGCCUCUAAAAGAAAUGACCCUGACGCUGCUGGCCCUGCUCGCGUUAGUGGCUGUCGGUAAUGCUCUGCGUUGUAACUGCACAAACUGCGAGAAGACCGGCUUUGAGUGCGAAACAGAUGGCGCCUGCAUGGCCUCCACAUACUACAUCCAGGAGAAGAAGCAACAUGUACGCAUCUGUAUCAACCGGGACGAUCUGGUCCCCCCAGGACAACCUUUCUACUGUUUGAGCGCUGAAGGCCUGCUCAACACACAUUGCUGCUAUUUAGAUUACUGCAAUAGUAUUGAAGUCCCCGUCCCAACAAAGGAGGGGGACAGGUCAGCCUCAGCGAGCUCCUGGGGCCCGGUGGAGCUGGUGGCGGUCAUCGCCGGGCCGGUGUUCCUUCUCUGUGUGCUGCUGAUGGUCGGCGUGUUCCUAUUCCAGUAUCACCAGAGGGCCUAUAGCCACAGGCAGAGGCUAGAGGUAGAGGACCCAUCCUGUGACCAUCUGUACUUGGCCAAGGACAAGACCCUGCAGGACCUCAUCUAUGACAUGUCCACCUCCGGCUCAGGCUCUGGUUUGCCCCUGUUUGUUCAGCGGACGGUGGCUAGGACCAUCGUGCUGCAGGAGAUAAUAGGAAAGGGUCGGUUUGGUGAGGUGUGGAGAGGGAAGUGGAGGGGAGGAGAUGUGGCGGUGAAGAUCUUCUCAUCCAGAGAAGAGCGCUCCUGGUUCAGAGAGGCUGAGAUCUACCAGACAAUCAUGCUGCGCCACGAAAACAUCCUGGGAUUCAUUGCAGCAGACAAUAAAGACAAUGGUACUUGGACUCAGCUGUGGCUGGUGUCAGACUAUCAUGAGCACGGCUCUCUCUUCGACUACCUGAACCGCUACUCUGUCACCAUUGAGGGUAUGAUCAAACUGGCACUGUCUGCUGCCAGCGGACUGGCACAUCUACACAUGGAGAUCCUCGGCACUCAGGGUAAGCCGGGCAUUGCUCACCGUGACCUCAAGUCUAAAAAUAUCCUGGUUAAGAAGAACGGCAUGUGUGCCAUAGCUGACCUCGGCCUGGCAGUCCGCCACGAGUCCAUCACAGACACAAUCGAUAUAGCACCGAACCAGCGCGUGGGCACUAAGAGGUAUAUGGCUCCAGAGGUCCUGGACGAAACCAUCAACAUGAAACACUUUGAUUCCUUCAAGUGUGCGGACAUUUACGCGUUGGGCCUGGUGUACUGGGAGAUUGCGCGACGCUGCAAUGCAGGAGGUAUCCACGAGGAGUACCAGCUGCCCUAUUACGACCUUGUGCCCUCUGACCCCUCCAUAGAGGAGAUGAGGAAGGUGGUGUGUGACCAGAAACUGAGGCCCAAUGUGCCCAACUGGUGGCAGAGCUACGAGUCGCUGCGUGUGAUGGGGAAGAUCAUGAGGGAGUGCUGGUACGCCAAUGGAGCAGCCAGACUGACGGCCCUGCGUAUCAAGAAGACCCUGUCUCAGCUCAGCGUGGAGGAGGACGUCAAGAUGUGAGCGGCCAGGCAUUGACCUCCAGACUACACUCCCAUAGGAAACAAACACUAAAGACAGACUGCAAAUGAAAACCCUGCCAGUUUUAAAGCCACACUCCAAGUUGUGACGAGGCCUACCUCACCUUUUUAGCCAAAACUACUGAGUCACCCAUCCCCUUUUUGACUUUUCUCUCCCUCCGCCUCCCUUUUUUGUUCCUUGUGUCUUCUCCCUGUUCCCUUUGACAUCCCCUCCUCCAUGGGCCACAACACUACCACUGUUAAUAUCAUCACAAUCAAACCUCUUUCGGUUUUCAUUUCCCAUGGCAGGAAUUAUUACAAUUGUACAGUGACGGGAUAUUUUUUGUUUGAUCUUUUUUUACCUCUCUGAAAUCUGUCCCGUGACAGAAUUACAGUGUCCAGAAAAGCGGAGAAAGUUUUAAGUUUAAGAAUAAUAACCUUCACAUUCUGUUGGCCAUGCGACAUCACAUUGUGUUGCUAUGAGUGUGUGUGAAGGGGGGAAAGAUGCUGAAGCACUGUUUCUAGUCGUGUGUAAAAGGUGUCUGGACUACUAGCAUGUUUCUAAGACACUAAGAUGUCGUCUGUUAUAGGCUGUAGCUCGUUAGACAAAUCCAGUAAUGGGACAUUUGGUAAUUAAGCAUGAAAAGCCAUUUUUUGCUUUUUGAACUUACAGAAACAAGUUGCACUCAACUGUAGCUUCCUCAUAAUGUGUGACACCUGCAGGUAUCGCAUAAAGGAUGUGGUCCGGUCCUUGCGUUAGUUUGAAAUUUGGCAGGGAAAAUGUUUUGGGAUAGUUUUACCCUUUUUUUUUUUAUUUAUUUGUUGAUAGUUCUUAUUUCAUAUUGAUGAACACUGUGAGAUGAGAUGUGACAAGCCAGAGUCUAAUAUGAUAUGAAAAUUAACGUUGUAGUUCAGACCAAGUCUUCACCAUCUUUCAGAGCUUAGAUUAAGGGGUUGUUGCAUUCAUUUUAUUAAAAUAUGGAUAUAGCUAUACCCCCGUGUUAGUGACGGUGAUGACAUUGUGCACACUGAGCAAAUAAGAGGCGUAUGAAAUGGCAAUGAAAAAAUGUGUUUCUUUUUAAAUAUAUUUUUGUGUUUUGUGUAAAGAAAUCAUGAUGGGUGUUUUUCUUUUGACGCUGACAUUAGACACUACUGAUGAUGGGUACAUAUGAUUUGUAUAUAAAACAUGCAUUAUUUUCCUUUUUAUGCCACAAGUACCAGUGUGACAUCUGAACAGUGAUUUUGCUUGAAUGGUACUUUCAGAAGUCUGUUUUGAUCUGUCUGCAUGGUUUCUAACUGUGCCAGGAAAUGGACUGUCAUCUGCUGGAAUUUGUUUUUAACUUGCUCCUCUCAUGGCAAUUUGGUGGUACUACUGAUCCCAGAUAAUUUUGCUGCAACCUGUUUUUGUUUUUUAUGUAUAAUUGUUGGAAUUGCUUGUGGAGUUCUUUUCAGAGCUCAAUGAUGCAGAUCUGUUUCUACAUAACGUCCUUCGGCGUGACAUCUUUUUCUCAUUGACACUGGAAUAUUUAGGAGUCAUGUAACCUUAAAUUCUGAUUCUGCCAGAAAUAAAAAAGGCUGCUGACCGUUCACACACAGGGAACAUACGGUUAGAUGUGAAAAGUAGUUGAGACGUUUUACCUUCAAAGACUGACAUGCUGUAAAGUGAAACUGCAUGUUUUCGUUCUACUUCUGCAGGUACAAGUCUGUCUGCAGACAAAACUAUGAAAGUAUUACACUGACAUUUGUCACCGUUGGGCUCUGCACUGUUAUGUCCACAUGGACUUUAGUUAAUGUUAGUUAUGUCAUCACUUGAUCCAGAAUCCAUGUCAUGUUCAAAUCCAUUUUGCAUGCUGUCUCAAACACUGGGUCUUCUGCACUGAGGUAGAUGAACUUAAGACUUGUCUUUUCCCUCUUCCUACCUGUUGUUUGCUUCCUUUUUUUUUUCGGGUCGUUUGCUGUGUACCCCAGAAAUGUUGCUGCUACUGUUAACAUGGGUGGAAGUUCAGCAUGCAGAUUGGAGAAGGAGUGCUGGUAGAGAAAUAGGGAGACUGCUGUCAGUUGAACCAAAAUUGUCAAAACACUCCUAUUCAUGUUUGGUUUGUUGCCAUGGGUAUAUGACUAUCAGACAUCCUUUCAUAAGUAAUACUUCAAGAUUUCAAAAAUCAUUGUGCAAAUCUUUUCAGAAUUAGUUGAAAAGUGUAUAUAGAUGAUAUACAAUAAAUUCCUCUUUUUCUUA